UCCUAUCCUAUCCUGCUACCGAAAUCUGCCUGCAUUGUUCUGUGGCUAGCGCUUGCUGGUAAUUAACUGAUGAGAUCAAGCAAGAGGGGGACCGAAUUUUUGUUUGCACAGAUGAGCUUUAAUGGGAUAAUCUUAUAUAUUUCCCCUCUGAAGGAUGUCCCAUGGAAUUCUGUGGGAUGUAUUCCUUGGUCGAUGGGGUGCCUGCUUAAGUUUUGUAAGUAAUCAGUCUUUCAAAGCUUGGUCCUGAUAGUGCCCUUUAUACAUCCAUACAUUUUUUUCUCAGUGUCACUAAUGGAGAUAUCCGCAGUGAAGUAGUCACACUGCUGUUCUCCUCCUGAUCAAAAUCCCAAGGCAUAACUAUCCCACAACUCGUUUCACUUCUGAGGGGUUGUGUCUGGUAUAUUGCAUGAGAUCUGCCACUGUACUUUGGAGAAAGAAUAUUAUCUUAGCGAGGCAAUAGGUUCUGAAAAAGAAAUGAACACCAAGCUGCUUGGAUGGCUUUCAUCCCUUUUAUGGCAAAGCUGGAUGUCCUCAAUGGCCCGUCCCUGAAAGAUGAAAGAAUGAUGUGAUGGAGAUAAAUAUGGGCCAUUGGUCAGGUCCUUUGGCCCCCACAUCUGGUGUCGUCUUCCUGCUUGUCCAGCUUUGGGCCGGUGUCUGCCAUGGCCUUCAAGGAACUCUCCCACCUGGCUUCCACUUUACACAUUCCAUGUACAAUGCCACAGUAUAUGAGAACUCUGCAGCACGGACCUACCUUAACAGUAAAAAUAGAAUGGGCAUUAUUAUGGCAGACCUUUCCUGGGAUAUCAAGUACAGGAUAGUAUCUGGCGAUGAUGAAGGCUUUUUUAAAGCAGAGGAAGUUGUAAUCGCUGAUUUCUGUUUUCUUCGGAUAAGAACUAAAGGUGGGAAUUCUGCAAUAUUGAAUAGAGAAAUCCAGGACAACUAUUUAUUGGUAAUAAAAGGUUCCGUCCGUGGAGAAGACUUGGAAGCGUGGACAAAAGUGAACGUACAGGUUUUGGACAUGAACGAUUUGCGGCCUUUAUUUUCACCCACUACCUACUCUGUAACAAUAGCAGAAAGCACUCCCCUAAGGACUAGUAUAGCACAGGUUACAGCAACGGAUGCUGAUAUUGGCUCUAAUGGUGAAUUUUACUAUUACUUUAAAAAUAAAGUUGAGCUUUUUGCUGUCCAUCCAACAAGUGGUGUGAUCUCCUUAAGUGGCCGACUGAACUAUGAUGAGAAGAAUCGCUAUGACUUGGAAGUUCUGGCUGUGGAUCGUGGGAUGAAACUCUAUGGUAACAAUGGAGUAAGCAGCACUGCUAAACUUUACAUACAUAUUGAGCGCAUUAAUGAACAUGCCCCCACAAUCAGUGUAGUAACCCAUGUUCCCUUCUCUUUGGACAAGGAGCCAACAUAUGCUAUCAUUAAUGUCGAUGAUCUAGAUGAAGGUGCCAAUGGUGAGAUCGAAUCACUUAUUAUUGUUGCUGGAGAUCCCUUGGAACACUUCCAGUUGGCUAAAGAAGGUAGAUGGAUGAAUGAGUACAAAAUCAAAGAGAAAAAGCCCAUUGAUUGGGACAGUUUUCCAUAUGGUUACAACCUUACUCUCCAGGCAAAGGACAAGGGUUCUCCUCAGAAGUUUUCAGCUCUGAAACUGGUUCAUAUUGCUAGUCCUAAAAGAGAAAGCAACCCAGUAAAAUUUGAAAAGGAAAUGUACGAUGUAGCCAUCAGUGAAUUCUCUCCCCCGGGAGUCGUUGUUGCUGUUGUUAAGCUAGCCCCAGAAACCCAGGGGGAAGAAUAUGUUUUAUUGCCAAGUGAGGAUGCUGAAUAUUUUAAAAUUAAUCAUAGGACAGGUCUGAUCACUACUGCACAUCCUUUAAAAAUUGUUGAUAAGGAGUUUUAUGAUUUAGAAGUAGUAAACAAAGAUGGGGACUUAAAAACACACGUUACCGUCAGGAUAGAGGAUGCUAAUGAUCACAUUCCAGAAUUUACACAGCCAUCAUACAGUUCCUAUGUCAAUGAAAGUGUACCUGUAGGGACCACUAUUUUGUCAGUUUCUGCUUUUGAUAAGGACCGUGGGGAAAACGGCUAUAUCACAUACAGCAUUGCUAGUUUAAAUUCACUCCCCUUUUCCAUCAACCAAUUUACUGGCAUUAUUAGUACUUCCGAAGAACUGGAUUUCGAGUCCUCCCCAGAGAGUUACAGGUUUAUUGUAAGGGCUUCAGAUUGGGGAUCACCUUACCGCCACGAAAGCGAAGUUAAUGUGACAAUCUACAUAGGCAAUGUAAAUGAUAACAAGCCUUUGUUUGAAAAGGUGGCUUGUCAGGGUAUGAUUUCAUCUGAGUUCCCUGUGGGUGGGCAUAUCACAGCUGUGUCUGCCAUUGAUAUAGAUGAGCUGGAGCUUGUGAAAUACAAAAUAAUUUCAGGUAACGAACUGGGUUUUUUCUAUCUGAAUCCUGAUUCUGGGGUUCUACAGCUUAAGAAGUCGCUGGUUAGUGGUGGCGUCAAGAACAACAAUUUUGGACUUAGGAUAACAGCAACGGAUGGGGAGAAUUUUGCCGACUCCAUGUUUGUUAAUAUUUCCGUAGUUCAUGGAAAAGUAUCUUCCAAAACCUUUAGUUGCAGAGAGACAAGAGUUGCUCAACGGCUAGCUGAAAAAUUGCUGAAGAAGGCAAAAGCCAAUGUAAAACUGAAUUCAGAAGAUGGCUUCUUGGAUUUUUAUUCUGUGAAUAGGCAGCCUCCACAUUUUGAUAAAUCCUUUCCUAAUGACGUAUCAGUUAGGGAGGACCUUCCUGUUGGUGCUACUAUAUUUCGAAUCAAGGCCUAUGAUGUUGAUUCUGGCUUUAAUGGGAAAGUGCUUUAUACCAUAUCAGAUGGCAAUGUCGACAGUUGCUUUAAUCUUGAAAUGGAGACAGGUCUCCUUAAAGUCCUUUUGCCCUUGGACCGUGAGAAAACAGAACUCUAUCUCCUUAAUAUUACCAUUUAUGAUUUAGGCACUCCCCAGAAGGCCACAUGGAGACUUCUUACCAUAACUGUAGAGGAUGCAAAUGAUAACAGGCCUGAAUUUUUGCAAGAAAGCUACUCAGUUAAUAUUUUUGAAAGUACAAGUAUUGGUGUAGAGAUUAUCCAGGUUGAGGCCAGAGACAGAGAUCUAGGGUCAAAUGGGGAAGUGACAUACUCCAUAUUGACAGAUACACAGCAAUUUGUUAUCAACAGCUCCACAGGGAUAAUAUAUGUAGCUGACCAUUUAGACAGGGAAUUCAAGGCAAACUAUACACUAAAGAUAGAAGCAAGAGACCGAGCAGAAAAUGGGCAGCAGCAGUUUUCUGUUGUGCCUUUGAAAGUCUUUUUGGAUGAUGUCAAUGACUGUUCUCCAGCUUUCAUACCUCCUAGCUAUAGUGUGAAAGUCCUGGAAGAUCUACCAGUUGGUACUGUCAUAGCUUGGCUCGAAACCCAAGAUCCAGAUCUUGGUCUUGGAGGACAAGUACGUUAUUCCUUGGUAAAUGAUUACAAUGGGAAAUUUGAAAUAGAUAAAGCUAGUGGUGCCAUCCGACUGAGCAAAGAACUUGAUUAUGAAAAGCAACAGUUCUACAACUUGACUGUUCGAGCAAAGGAUAAAGGGCGUCCGGUUUCUCUCUCUUCUGUUUCCUUUGUGGAAGUUGAAGUUGUGGAUGUGAAUGAAAAUCUCUACACCCCUUAUUUUUCUGACUUUGCUGUCAUUGGAUCAGUAAAGGAAAAUGCACGCAUUGGAACCAGUGUCUUGCAAGUGACUGCCAGGGAUGAUGAUAAUGGCAGGGAUGGAGAGAUUCAGUACUCCGUUCGAGAUGGCAGCGGACUUGGCCGAUUUAACAUCGAUGAAGAGACUGGAGUUAUAUACACAGCAGACAUCCUAGAUCGAGAGACAACCCAAUCCUACUGGCUAACUGUGUAUGCAACGGAUCGUGGUGUCGUUCCACUUUUCACGACCAUUGAGGUCUACAUUGAGGUUGAAGAUGUGAAUGACAAUGCCCCUUUGACUUCUGAACCUAUUUAUUACCCAUCUGUCAUGGAAAACUCCCCUAAGGAUGUAUCAGUCAUUCAAAUACAGGCUCAAGACCCUGAUUCCACCACUAAUGAAAAGAUGACAUACAGGAUUACAAGUGGAAACCCACAGAACUUUUUCAUUAUCAAUACCAAAACAGGCCUCAUAACCACAACUUCAAGGAAAUUGGAUCGUGAACAGCAGGCAGAACAUUUUCUUGAGGUUACAGUAACAGAUGGAGGCACCUCGCCCAAGCAAUCUACAGUCUGGUUGGUGAUUCAGGUUCUGGAUGAAAAUGACAAUAAGCCCCAGUUUCCUGAAAAAGUUUAUCAGAUCAAGUUGCCGGAGCGGGACCGCAAGAAGAGAGGAGAGCCCAUCUACAGAGCCUUCGCCGUGGAUAAAGAUGAAGGCCCAAAUGCGGAGAUUUCUUACAGCAUUGUGGAUGGGAACGAUGAUGGGAAAUUUUUCAUUGACCCAAAGACUGGAAUGGUUUCUUCGAGAAAGCAGUUCACUGCCGGGAGCUAUGAUAUUUUAACCAUAAAAGCAGUUGACAAUGGCCGUCCACAGAAGUCUUCAACCGCACGCCUCCACAUUGAAUGGAUUAAGAAACCACCACCGUCACCAGUCCCAUUGACUUUUGAUGAACCAUUCUACAAUUUCACUGUCAUGGAAAGUGACCGAGUGACCGAAAUUGUUGGUGUGGUCUCUGUACAACCUGCUAAUAUCCCACUGUGGUUUGACAUAGUCGGUGGCAAGCAUGCUCGAGAGAUGUUCUAUAUCCUACAGACAGCUUGUGGGCAGAACUGUUCAACAGAAGGGGGGAAUUUCGAGAGCUCUUUCGACGCAGACAAAGGUGUGGGGACCAUUGUCAUCGCGAAACCCCUGGAUGCUGAGCAGAGGUCGGUGUACAACAUGACCGUGGAAGUCACCGAUGGGACAAACGUGGCAAGCACUCAGGUCCUCAUCAAAGUGCUUGACAACAAUGAUAAUGGCCCUGAAUUUUCCCAGCCAAGUUAUGACGUUACAAUUUCAGAAGACAUCCUGCCUGACACUGAAAUCCUGCAAGUCGAAGCCAUAGAUAGAGAUGAGAAACACAAGUUGAGUUAUAUCGUUCACAGUAGCAUUGACUCGGUCAGCAUGCGGAAGUUCAGAAUAGAUCCCAACACAGGAGUGCUAUAUACUGCCGAACGCUUAGACCACGAAGCUCAGGAUAAGCACAUCCUCAAUAUAAUGGUGCGUGAUCAAGAGUUCCCCUACCGACGGAACUUGGCCAGGGUCAUUGUGAAUGUGGAAGAUUCGAAUGAUCACAGUCCUUACUUCACCAGCCCGUUGUAUGAAGCCUCUGUGUUUGAAUCUGCUGCAAUUGGCUCUGCCGUCUUGCAGGUCACCGCUUUGGACAAAGACAAGGGAGAAAAUGCGGAGCUGAUCUACACAAUAGAAUCAGGAAAUACUGGGAACACGUUCAAGAUCGAACCAGUCUUAGGCAUCAUCACUGUUUUGAAGGAACCAGACCUAACCGCUAUGAACCAGUUUGUUCUAUCAGUCAAAGUGUCUGAUCAGGGAUCUCCACCACUUUCAGCCACAGCCAUUGUCCGCAUAUCUGUCACUAUGUCAGACAAUUCUCACCCCAAAUUCACGCACAAGGAAUGGCAAGCGGAGGUGAAUGAAAAUGUUGACUUUGGAACCUCAGUUAUCUUAGUUUCAGCAAUCAGCCAGUCCACACUAGUUUAUGAGGUUACAGAAGGCAACACUGAUGGAGCAUUUGCUAUAAACCCCUACUCAGGAGUCAUCACGAGUCAAAAGCCUCUUGAUUAUGAACUCAUGUCCUCUUACCAGCUCACUGUGCAAGCCACAAACAUGGCAGGGAUGGCCUCAAAUGCUACAGUGAACAUCCAGAUUGUUGACGAAAAUGACAACCCUCCCAUCUUCCUCUUCUUAAAAUAUUCAGGCAGGAUCAGUGAGGCUGCACCUGUAAACAGCAUUGUCCGGAGCUUAGAAAACAACCCGCUAGUGAUACGAGCCAUAGAUGCAGACAGCAAUCAAAAUGCAUUGCUUGUCUACCAGAUUGUUGAAUCCACUGCUAAAAGGUAUUUUACAGUAGACUCCAAUACAGGUGCAAUUAGAACUAUUGCUGAUUUAGACCAUGAAACCAUUGCACACUUCCAUUUUCAUGUCCAUGUUCGAGACAGUGGUAAUCCACAGCUCACUGCAGAGAAUCCAGUUGAAGUUACUAUUGAUGUAACAGAUGUCAAUGACAAUCCUCCAGUUUUCAGCCAGGCCAUGUUUGAGACUGUCUUGCUUCUGCCAAGUUAUGUUGGAGUGGAGGUUCUUAAAGUCAGAGCUGCGGACCCAGAUUCAGAAGUCCCCACUGAGAUGACAUACAGUCUUAUUGAAGGAAACAUGGAGUAUUUUCUCAUUGAUCCUUUUUCAGGAAUAGUGACUAUAAAAAACAACAGUCUUACCAAAGAUCAUUAUAUGCUUAUAGCAAAAGUAUCUGAUGGGAAAUUCUACAGCACUGCCGUUGUGACCAUAAUGGUCAAGGAAGCCAUGGACAGUGGCCUCCACUUCACUCAAAGCCUUUAUUCUACAUCCAUCUCUGAAAACAGCACCAAUAUUACAAAAGUAGCAGUGGUCAAUGCAGUUGGAAACCGUCUUAAUGAGCCCUUGAAGUAUAGCAUUUUGAACCCUGGGAACAAAUUCAAGAUCAAAUCCACCUUGGGUGUCAUUGAAACUACUGGCAUUCCAUUUGACAGAGAAGAGCAGGAAUUAUAUGAGUUAGUGGUCGAGGCAAGCCGUGAACAGGAUCAUCUUCGGGUAGCUAGGGUGGUGGUCAAAGUUCACAUUGAAGAUAUCAACGACAAUUCUCCAGUGUUUGUUGGACUUCCAUACUAUGCUGCUGUACAAGUUGAGGCUGAUCCAGGUGCCCUGAUAUACCGCGUGACUGCCAUUGAUAAAGAUAAGGGUGCGAAUGGCGACGUUGCUUACCUGCUGAAGGAGGACUACGGGCACUUUGAAAUUGACAGGCAGACUGGAAGUGUCACACUAAAAGCAGCCUUUAAUUCUGACUUAUCAAACAUAGAGUAUUUAAUUAUUGUCAUCGCUAAAGAUGGAGGCAAUCCAUCACUGUCAGCAUCUGUAGAAUUGCCUAUUACAAUUGUUAACAAAGCGAUGCCGGUUUUCGACAAGCCUUUCUAUACCGCUACUGUAAAUGAAGACAUAGAAAUGCACACCCCAAUCCUGAGCAUCAACGCUACCAGUCCGGAGGGUCAAGGUAUCAUUUACAUAAUUGUAGACGGAGAUCCCUAUAAUCAGUUCAACAUUGAUUUUGACACUGGAGUUCUCAGUGUAAUCAGUCCAUUAGACUAUGAAGUAAACCCCAUUUUCAAGCUGACAGUGAGAGCCAGUGAUGCGCUCACCGGUGCCCGAGCUGAAGUCACAGUGGACUUAAUUAUCAAUGACAUGAAUGACAAUGCUCCAGUUUUUGAACAUUUUGCCUACAAUGCCACCUUGUCUGAGGGAUCUUUGAUUGGAACUCCUGUCUUGCAGGUUAUUGCUACUGAUGCAGAUUCUGAGAAUAACAAAAUUAUCCAAUAUCAGAUAGUCCAGGACACUUUCAACAGCACAGAUUAUUUCCAUAUUGAUGGCAGCAGUGGUCUGAUUCUAACAGCACGUUUGUUGGACCAUGAGCUGAUGCAACAAUGCAUUUUAAAAGUGAGGGCAACUGAUAAUGGAUUCCCACCAUUGAGCAGUGAAGUUCUAGUUAGUAUAUUUGUAACAGACAUGAAUGACAACCCUCCCAUUUUUAACCAGCUCAUAUACGAAUCGUAUGUCAGUGAGCUUGCUCCUCGCGGUCAUUUUGUGACUUGUGUUCAAGCCUCUGAUGCAGACAGCUCUGAUUUUGACCGACUGGAAUAUAGUAUCCUGUCUGGAAAUGACCGAACGAGUUUUGUGAUGGAUAGCAAGAGUGGUGUUAUCACUCUUUCGAACCAUCGGAAGCAGAGAAUGGAAUCAUUGUACAGUCUGAAUGUGUCUGUCUCUGAUGGUUUGUUCACAAGCACGGCCCAAGUCCAUAUUCGGAUCCUUGGAGCUAAUUUGUUUAGCCCAGUGUUUUCACAGAGUAUCUAUGUAGCAGAGGUUAGAGAAAAUUCUCUCCCAGGAACCAAAGUAAUACAUGUAAAAGCAACAGAUGGAGAUGCUGGCAUAUAUGGACAAAUAAGCUACUCUAUCAUAAAUGAUUUUGCCAAGGACCGUUUUUUAAUUGAUAACAAUGGGCAGAUCAUCACAACUGAAAAACUUGAUCGAGAGAUCCCUUUAGAAGGUGACAUCACCAUAUUUUUGAGAGCUCUUGAUGGAGGAGGCAGAACCACAUUCUGUACAGUGAGAGUCAUUGUGGUGGAUGAGAAUGACAAUGCUCCCCAGUUCAUGACAGUAGAGUACAGGGCAAGUGUCAAAGCAGAUGUUGGGAAAGGUCAUUUGGUCACUCAAGUACAAGCAGUUGAUCCAGAUGAUGGCGCAAAUGCAAGGAUUGCCUAUUCGCUAUACAGUGAGGCUUCUGUUUCUGUUGCAGAUCUCCUGGAAAUUGACCCCGACAAUGGAUGGAUGGUAACGAAGGGUAACUUUAACCAGCUUAAAAACACAGUGCUUUCUUUCUUUGUCAAAGCAGUUGAUGGUGGCAUUCCUGUAAAGCACUCCCUUAUCCCUGUGUACAUUCAUGUUUUACCUCCAGAAACCAUUUUGCCUUCAUUUUCUCAACCCCAAUAUUCCUUUACAAUGUCAGAAGAUACAGUUAUUGGUAGCACUAUUGAUGCGCUGCAUGUUUUGCCUAAUCAGGGGGCCACUUACAGCACAGUAAAUGGUGAACUGUCAGAAAACAACAAGGAUGGAGUUUUUAUUAUAGAGCGAGAUACCGGCCUCAUAAAACUUGAUAAGAGGCUUGACCAUGAGACAAACUCUGCCUUUCACUUUAAAGUUGCUGCAACCAUACAACUAGAUAAGGUGGAUGUUGUGCUAACGGUGGAUGUGGACAUUAAAGUUUUGGACAUUAAUGACAACAAACCAGUUUUUGAGUCAGCCAGCUAUGAAGCCAUCAUAAUGGAAGGAAUGCCAAUAGGAACAAAACUGGUUCAGGUUAAAGCAACUGAUGCAGACUGGGGAGCAAAUGGUCAAGUCACCUACUCUCUCUUGGCAGAAGUAGAGGCUGAUAGAAUCACAGAAGUGUUCACCAUCGACAGCAACAGUGGCUGGAUCAGCACCUUGAAAGACUUGGAUCAUGAAAGGAACCCUACUUUCUCCUUCACAGUGGUGUCUUCUGACCUGGGAGAAACCUUGUCCCUUUCAUCAACCACAUUGAUCUCUGUCACAGUGACAGACAUUAAUGACAAUGCCCCGGUGUUUGAGCAUGAUAUGUACAGAGGUACAGUGAAAGAGAGCGACUCCCCUGGUGAAGUUGUGGCCGUCCUCAGCACGUGGGAUGAGGAUACAUCCGACAUCAACCGCCAAGUUAGCUAUCACAUUACAGGAGGAAAUCCAAAAGGAAAGUUUGACCUUGGUCUGGUUCAGAAUGAAUGGAAGGUUUAUGUCAAGAGACCAUUGGAUCGGGAAGAACAAGAUGUCUAUCUUUUGAAUAUUACAGCCACAGAUGGGCUCUUUGUAACUCAGACGGCUGUGGAAGUGAUUGUCACUGAUGUGAAUGAUAACAAUCCUGUCUGUGAUCAGGUAACAUAUAUUGCAAUAUUUCCUGAAGACAUUCCACCCAACAAAGUAAUCCUUCAAAUGGGUGCCAAAGAUGCAGAUAUUGGAUCCAAUGGUGAAAUUCGGUAUUCACUGUAUGGCUCUGGGAAUAACAAGUUUUACUUAGAUCCUGAAAGUGGAGAACUCAAAACCUUAGCCCCCUUAGACCGUGAAAAGAUCCCUGUGUACAAUCUGAUAGCAAGGGCAACAGAUGGAGGGGGAAGAUUUUGUCAGUCGGAAAUCCAUUUGAUCCUGGAAGAUGUCAACGACAAUCCACCCAUGUUUUCGUCUGACCAUUACACUGCAUGUGUCUACGAAAACACAGCUACUAAAGCUUUGCUAACAAGAGUCCAAGCCAAUGAUCCAGAUGUAGGUGUGAAUAGAAAGAUUGUCUACUCCCUGGCAGACUCUUCAGAAGGCUUUUUCUCUGUAGACAAGUCCUCAGGGAUUAUUAUUUUGGAACAUCCUCUUGACAGAGAACUUCAGCCUUCAUAUAACGUCACCAUCAAAGCAUCUGACCAAGGCAUUGUGCAGACUCUUUCCUCAUUUGCGACAGUCACAAUUACAGUUCUGGACAUUAAUGACAACCCUCCUGUCUUUGAGAGGAGAGAUUAUCUUGUUACAGUGCCUGAGGACACCUCACCUAGUGCUGAAAUCCUCUCUGUUUUCGCCACCAGCAAAGACAUUGGUACGAAUGCAGAGAUCACCUACCUGAUCAGGUCUGGUAAUGAAAAAGGAAAAUUCAGGAUCAAUUCAAGGACAGGGUCUAUAUAUGUAAUUGAACAUCUGGACUAUGAAACAUGUAAGGAUUUCUUCCUUAUCAUUGAAGCUAAGGAUGGGGGCAGCCCAGCGCUAAGUGCUGUGACAACAGUGAAUAUAAAUGUGACAGAUGUUAAUGAUAACGCACCGAGAUUUAGUCAAGAGGUCUACAGUGCUGUCAUCAGUGAGGAUGCAUCAGUAGGUGAUUCAUUAAUAACGUUGAUAGCUGAAGACCUGGACAGUCCUCCUAAUGGGCAGAUUCAUUUUUCCAUAAUCAAUGGAGAUCGGAACAAUGAAUUUUCAAUUGAUCCUAGCUUGGGACUUAUAAAGGUUAAAAAAAGAUUGGACCGAGAACGGAUUUCUGGAUAUUCAUUAGUCAUACAGGCAAGAGAUAGUGGCAUCCCUUCUUUGUCUGCGUCUGUGACUGUCAAUGUUGACAUUUCUGAUGUGAACGAUAACAGCCCCGUAUUUACACCCGCCAACUACACAGCUGUGAUUCAAGAAAAUAAACCAAUAGGAACAAGCAUUUUACAGCUGGUGGUAACAGACAAAGACUCUCUGCAUAAUGGGCCCCCUUUCACCUUCUCUAUCCUGGCUGGUAAUGAAGAAGGAGAGUUUACAUUGGACCAACAAGGCAUCCUUCGGUCUGCAGCCACCUUCAAGCGUAUGAUAUCAACUGAAUAUGUACUCUGUGUUCAGGCAAAAGAUUCUGGGAAACCUCAGCAGGUAUCUCACAGCUACAUCCAGAUCCGGGUGAUAGAAGAGAGCAUCCACAAGCCAACAGCCAUUCCAUUGGAGAUAUUUAUCGUCACUAUGGAAGAUGACUUUCCAGGAGGUGUUAUUGGGAAGAUACAUGCAACGGACCAAGAUGUGUAUGACGUCCUUUCAUAUGGUUUGAAGUCUGAGCAAAAGAGUUUGUUCAAAGUCAACAAUCAUGAUGGCAAGAUAAUCGCCCUUGGAGGGUUGGAUAGUGGGAAGUAUGUAUUGAAUGUUUCGGUCAGUGAUGGUCGUUUCCAGGUGCCCAUGGAUGUGACUGUCCAUGUUGAGCAGCUGAUGCAGGAAAUGCUACAGAAUACGGUCACUAUCCGUUUUGAGAACGUCUCCCCAGAAGAUUUUGUGGGGCUCCACAUGCAUGGAUUUCGGCGCACUCUACGCAAUGCGGUUCUGACCCAGAAACAAGACAGCUUGCACAUCAUUAGUAUUCAGCCUGUGGCGGGCACCAAUCAGCUCGACAUGCUGUUUACGGUUCAAAUGCACACCGGCGGCUUCUAUAAGCCUGCCUACUUGAUUCAGAAACUCACCAAUGCAAGACGACAUUUGGAAAAUGUGAUUCGCAUUUCAGCUAUUCUGGAGAAGAAUUGCUCUGGACUGGAUUGUCAGGAACAGCACUGUGAGCAAAGCCUGUCUAUCGAUUCCCAUUCCCUGAUGACCUACAGCACAGCACGAAUUAGUUUUGUGUGCCCUAGAUUCUACCGAAAUGUACGCUGUUCUUGCGAUGGAGGAUUGUGUCCAGGAUCGAGUGAUCCAUGCACAGAUAAGCCCUGUCCAGGAGAUAUGCAGUGUGUGGGCUACGAAAUCAACCGGAGGCCUUUCAUCUGCCAGUGCCCUCCUGGAAAGCUUGGAGAAUGCUCAGGACACACUUCCCUUAGCUUUGCUGGGAAUAGUUACAUCAAAUACCGGGUUUCUGAAAAUAGCAAGAAGGAGGAAUUCAAGCUGGCUCUGCGUCUGCGGACUCUGCAAAGCAAUGGGAUUAUAAUGUACACCAGAGCAAAUCCCUGUAUAAUUCUGAAGAUUGUGGAUGGCAAACUGUGGUUCCAGUUGGACUGUGGCAUCGGCCCAGGCAUUCUGGGAAUUUCUGGCAGGGCUGUGAACGAUGGGAGCUGGCAUUCCGUCUUCCUUGAGCUGAAUCGGAACUUCACCAGCCUGUCCCUUGAUGAUAGUUAUGUAGAACGACGCAAAGCUCCCCUGUAUUUCCAGACGCUGAGCACGGAUAGCUCUGUGUACUUUGGAGCGCAGGUGCAGGUGGAUAAUGUCCGAAGCCUGACAGACAAGAGGACCACACAAGUCAUGAGUGGGUUUCAGGGGUGCUUGGAUUCUGUUAUCCUGAAUAACAAUGAAUUGCCACUCCAGAACAAGCGCAGUAGCUUUGCUGAAGUAGUGGGCCUGACCGAACUGAAGCUUGGCUGCGUGCUGUAUCCCGAUGCCUGCGAGAGGAGCCCCUGCCAGAAUGGAGGAACUUGUACCAGUGUGCCAUCUGGUGGUUAUCAGUGCAGUUGCCUCUCUCAGUUCACAGGGCGAAACUGUGAGUCGGAGAUCACAGCCUGCUUUCCAAAUCCUUGUCGCAAUGGUGGAUCAUGUGAUCCUAUUGGUAGCGCGUUCAUCUGCAGUUGCAAGAGCGGGUUAACAGGAGUGACGUGUGAAGAAGAUAUCAAUGAGUGUGAGAAAGAGGAGUGUGAAAACGGUGGCUCUUGUGUGAAUGUAUUUGGCUCAUUUUUGUGUAACUGCACCCCUGGAUAUGUUGGUCAGCACUGUGGGUUGAGACCAGUGGUUGUUCCUAACAUCCAAGCCGGACAUUCCUAUGUGGGCAAGGAAGAGCUGAUUGGCAUCGCUGUCGUCCUUUUUAUCAUCUUUUUGUUAAUCGUCCUCUUCAUAGUUUUCCGUAAGAAAGUCUUCAGGAAAAAUUACUCCCGGAACAACAUCACUUUGGUCCAAGAUCCAGCUACUGCUGCUCUUCUUCACAAAAGCAAUGGGAUUCAAUUCAAGAACAUGAGGAACAAUUGUGAUGGGCGCAAUAUUUACCAAGAGGUGGGACCACCCCAAGUGCCCGUGAGGCCGAUGGCCUACACCCCUUGCUUCCAAAGCGAUUCCAGGAACAAUUUAGACAAGAUAGUUGAUGGACUUGGAGUGGAACAUCAGGAAAUGACAACAUUCCAUCCAGAGUCUCCUCGGAUCCUAACAGCAAGGCGGGGAGUUGUAGUAUGCAGUGUUGCCCCCAACCUACCAGCUGUAUCUCCAUGCCGUUCUGAUUGUGACUCCAUCAGGAAGAGCUGGGAAAAUGGCACUGAAAGCAAAGGAGUUGAUGACAUUGAAGAGGUGACCUGUUUUUCAGGAAGCAAUAAAGGCAGCAACUCUGAAGUGCAGUCACUCAGCUCUUACCAAUCAGAUUCUGGUGAUGAUAACGCUUCCAUAGUGACUGUCAUACAGCUUGUCAACAAUGUAGUUGACAAUAUAGAAAAUGAAGUGUCUGGUAUGGACCAAGGACAGAACUACAACAGAGCUUAUCACUGGGACACUUCUGAUUGGAUGCCAAGCACUCGAUUAUCUGACAUUGAGGAGGUGCCCAAUUACGAGACCACAGAUGGCAGCUCAGCACAUCAUGGGAGCACAAGAGAGCUGGAAACAGAUUAUUACCUUGGUGGCUAUGAUAUUGACAGUGACUACCCUCCUCCACAAGAGGAAGAGUUUCUUCACCAUGACCAGUUACCACCUCCUCUUCCAGAGGACUACCCAGACCAAUAUGAAGUCCUUCCUCCAUCACAGCCAGUCUCCAUGGCCAGCACACUUAGCCCGGAUUGUCGGCGACGGCCGCAAUUCCACCCGAGCCAGUACCUCCCUCCACAUCAGUUCCCCAAUGAGAUGGACAAUGGCGGGUCUCAGACUGGGAAUGAAUUUAGUACUUUUGGUGUGGGCCCAGGUCCAAAUGCAGGAACCAUUAGUGGAGCAAAGAAGCCCUUAUCCUUACACAAUUCACUUGAUGCAUCCUCGUCCGAUGUUUCGGCGAGCUGUGGCUUCGAUGACUCUGAGGUGGCUAUCAGUGACUAUGAAAGCAUUGAAGAGCUCCGCCUGGAUCAUCAUCACAUUCACAUUCCUUUUGUGGAGACCCAUCAGCAGACUCAAGUGUGAAGAAGCUGUUUUAGUUGCUGUUGUUGUUGCUGUUGUUUGGUCUCAUUCAUAGCAUAACUGUUAAGAAGAAUGUCUUUCUCCCUAAGAAACUAGAUCCCUAUAAGGGGCAAGGUGGAAAGCUAGCAUAACCCAUUUUUAACUACUGUACACACAUACUCUCCAAAGAGCAAAUGGUUGUCUGAGAAUAUUGGUUACCAUUCCUACUAGAGUGGACCCACCGAAUCAAUUGCUGAUUGGUAAGUCUACACUUACGUCAAUCCCAUUGAUUCAUUGUGUCUAUCUGGCUGAGCCUAGCAGUUGCAUUUCCCCUGGUGUCUGCUGUUUACUGCUGGUAGAGAGGGGCAAACAUUUGGUGAUGGACAGUUUUAUUCCUCCCCAGUUUUAUGUGGAGUAUUUUACUAUUAAAAGUGUUACAUGGCUAAAAUACUUGCAGAAGAAAAGUUUUUAAAAAUUAAAUUACUACUGCAUCUCAACAUAGUUUUUUUAAAACACAUUAAUGGGCCAAGAUUAAAUUAGCUGCUAAAGCUACAGUGAUGUUGAAGUCCUUUCCAAACAAGUUAUUAGCAAAAUUACUCAUGUAUGAAAGGAUCACUUUCUUUGGUGUUCUAUACAAUAGAUAAUUAUGGUAGUUAUAUAUAAACAUGAGCCUGCAGCCCUUACUGCAGAAGAGAGAUACCUAGGUACCAUGUUGAGUAAAACAGUAUUCUGCUUUGCACCUAUCCCCAUUUCCUCUUAUUCAGCAGUAUUUUUAUUGAUGUGAAAAAAUUCUUUAAAAAUCAGAAAUUGUUGUAUUUAAACUGUAUGUUGCCUCUUGCACUGUUUGCUUUUCUGCCACAAGCAACUGAAGUGGCCCAUUUUUGCUACCUUUCUGGGCUUUCUUUUUCUUCUUGGAUAUUAAGGGGUUUGCUUUGAGCACUGUUCAAUUUAAAAGAGCGGCAAAGGAAGUACUCAUCCUUCCCUGAGUGCAUUCAGCCAUCCAGAAAUCAUACCGAAGAAGUAAAUUGUUACUCUUGGAGAAUAGUCAUGGAUGAAUGGAUGCUCUAACAGGUUUUUCAGGCCCCUGCCUUAUCCUGAUUCCCGUCAUCACAAUGUUAAUGGGUGUUUCCAGUGCAUCCUUUCCAAGGAUGCAGGAAUUACACUUUAAAGUCUCUGUCUCAUUAAGUUAACCAGCAACCAAUUAUUUUUGGAGUAAAAAAUAUUUCUUCCUUCAGUUGGCAAUACAACAAACAAAAUGGAAGUUAAAAAACAAACAAGUAAGCAGUAUCACUCCAUGUAAUACUUUUAAUAGUAAAGGAACUCUGAAAUCGACAUCCUAAACUUGGCAAUUCAUUAUUUCACUGCCCCCUUUUGCAUCCUGUAAGAGAAUGGUUGCUAGUGUUUGUGAUGCAACAAAUGAUUUGGUUAAAACCUUGAGAUGUGUGUUAAAAAUGGGUUUGAGCCAAGACGAUAAAUUGUCCACAUGUAUUUUCCGCUUAUACUUCAAGGUUAAUGUACUGAUCCUUUUCUUCCUUCUCUGCAUUGACCCGAGUGCCAUAGAAUCCAUUUAUGAUGUGUUUCAUGAGAUGUUUCUCAAGCUCUCCUCAGCCUCCUGAUAUUUUCUGGGCAGUGAGAAUCCAGAACAUGAUACUUGAACUUUGCGUCUCCUAGUUGUGAAUAAACUAAAGAAUAGAUUUUUCUUCCAGAUUCAAAGUAGUUCUUCCAAGCAAGUUGCAAUCAGGGUUGGUUGAAAGUGUGCAGUUAACUCAAAAAUUACUUGAUGAGGUCUCUAGCUUACCUUUGGGUUGGCCUGAUGGAGAGGCAAAAAUUAAUUAUCUAGAGCAGUGUUUCUCAAACUGUGCUCCUCCAGAUGUUUUGCACUUCAGCUCCCAGAAAUUCCAGCCAGCUUACCAGCUAUUAGGAAUUGUGGGAACUGAAGUCCAAAACAUAUGUGCCAUUUGUAAGCCGCCUUGAGUCCUCCUCGGGGUAGAGAAAAGCGGGAUAUAAAUAUGGUAAAUAAAUAUGGAAGUGCACAGUUUGAGAAACUGCUCUAGAUCCAUGGUUUCCAACCUUUGAUCUACUAGGUGUUUUGGACUUUAGCUCCCCAAAUUCCUGACAGUUGGCAAAACUGGCGGUGGCUUAUGGCAAUUGAAGUUCCAAACACCUGGAGGACCAAAAGUUGGGCACCACUGCUGUAGAUGGAUGGGUGGAUGAGUUGCUAUGUGACAGUUAAAAGACCAGUGAACAUUUGUUCCAAAUUUUCAAGCUCAUUGCUACAGUAGAGAAUGAGCUAGCUUCAAGUAGACUCCAAUGGGACACUGAACUCUGAACUAUUGUUUAGUUGAACUAUUGAGCUUGAUGUUUUCUAUCCCCCGCUAAGUAAUUAUAAAAUAAUCCUUUCCGGCUUUCACUUACAAAAAGAAUCUUUAGCUAAUGCUUCUCUGGAACACUUAAUAUCUAGGAUUAUUUUUAUUUUAAUGUGUAUUUGUACUGAUACAUAUCAUUUUGAAGGGAAUAAUCUGGAACACUGAAAACCUAAUGCAAGUAGCUGAACAUUGUUAUUUCCUGUAUUUGGUGGAUUAUUACCUCCUCAUUUUAUACUAGUCUUCCACAGACAGAUCCUGAUUUCCUCCCCCUAAAUCAAGCAAUCUAGUGGGCACUUUGGAUAGGGGUUAUCUUUCCUUUUCUCUUUCCUUCCUUCUGUUUGUCCAUACCUCCAUAUGCUCCUAGGGUACUUAUAGUUUGGGAUCCUUCCAACUGUUAUCAAAACCCAUGCAGUCAAUCUCUCAAUUUUUCGACCCCACUAUCUUUUUUUUCCUUUUUUUUUACCAGCAGCUGGCUGCUUCCUUACACACACUCCUCCCCCGGAAGGCAAUUGUUUGGGCUCAUCCUAUUCAUAAGUUAGGCUCAUCCUGUUCAUUUACUCCACCAUCAUUCCUUUUAGGCUCUUUUCAGCAUCUAGUAAUGUAUGUUAGCUGUUCUCUUGUAAGACAAUUUCAUUACUCUUGCUAAAAGCUCUGGACAUCAUCAAGAACAUAGCAGGCAUCUACAGAUUAGCACAAUGAAGAAUGGACUCAUAUUCCUUGCUCACCUUGCUUUCUAGCCAUAAAGAACACGAUAUUUUCCACUUUUACAUGAAAGUAUCAAUUCAUAUCUUACCAAUGUUUUGAAGGUUGCUGGUGUCAGCAAACACUUACUGAGAGGAACCUCCAGUGAAAUCUAGUUCUAAAUUUGGUUGGAACCUGAUUCCACUGGAAUCAUUGGGGUUUCAGGAGGCCUUAUUUCAUAGCUAUUUUAUUUCCAGCAGAGACAGAUUUCUAAAGUGAAGUAUUUUAGAGAUUGCAGAUCACAUUUCUACAUCUUCAUACAGUUUUGUGUAUUCACAUAAAAGUCCCAUGCCUCUAGUCUUUGGAGACAUCUUGGGGAAGAACACAUGACACCUCUUUUCCUGAUUUUGUCUUAUCUACAUGGAAGGAAUUAGGUUUUUAAAAAACACGUAAAAACAUUUCUCAAAAAGGGAGGCCCCCACCCACUGUUUAGAAAAAGGGAAAAAGAUUUCUCACCCUCAGAAGUACUUCAGAAUAUCUCACUCUGUGUCAACUAUGGUAAAGAUCUAAUGUCCACAACCUUCUUUUUAUUCCAAACCAAAUCUAGUUCUUCUUGAGAUAGGCAAUACAAUCAGCCCUCUACAUUGGCUGAGGUUAGGGGCACAAGAUGCCUGCAAACAGGAAAAUUUUUAAAAAUAUGUGAGGGAGCACUUAUCUAGGCAUUUGUACAUCCUGCAGUGCAACUCAGUGGUUUACUUUAGCCAGAGCUUGACCAUACAGUUGUACUGGAUCACCUAGAGAAUCCCCAAGAGGUGAUCUCUCUAGGGACCUAUUUACAUGGGACUAAAUAGCCCCAUUUUGCUGCUUCUGGACAGGGACAACAGGGCAUCAUCAGACGACGUUCAGCAGGCCUCACCCACAUUCCUCCUGAAGUGGAGGGGAAGCAUGAGAAGUUGGUUCUUCUUCCACCACACAGAGGAAAGUGCUUUUCGGGUAGCUCCAACAGAGCUACCCUUUCUCUCAUAUGAUAGGGACAGGGUGCCAACGUGGGGAAGGAGGGAGGGUGCGCAGGGUGCCACAAGGCACCCCACACACCUUCCUUUUUGUAAUGGCCCCCAUGAGCUGUGUGAAGAGGUCCUAGGAAUCUCUAGUCAUGCAUCUUGAUUCUGUGAUCAUUUUUCAGCAGAAGUUGACCAUGGAGUCACACUGGAAGACCUAGGUAUUCCUUGCAUCAGGAACAUUUUAAUCAAAUCCUUGAAUAAUCAGAUCCAUAAAAGUCAAAUCCGCAAUGUGGAGGGCCAACAGUACUACCACAAGUGGCAGGUUGAAGCCUGCAUGACAUAAUGAUCUUCUCCCAGCAUCAGCAUCAUCAUCAGCCAUUUCACACUAAAAAUAUUCUUGCCAGUUCCCAAGAUCCUAGCGUUGCAUCUUUCAAAUCCUUCUUCUUACAAUGAUACAAUCCAGACCCAAUGCUUCCUUAAUUAAUUAAGACUUAGGUAAAGUUAUCUCUUCAUAUCUUUGUUCAACUUUUGUUCAUAACUCUGUCAAUUUUGCAAAGCAGCUUUAAACCACUGUGGCAGAAGUCUCAGCAUAUACCUUAGAUGUUUCGUAUGCCCAUGUAAUUGUCCCUUGACUCUAUUAGAGAGUCAAAACCUACUUUGGAGACUUACCUGCUUGUUUCAUUUCUUGACAUGGACAAAACAUUAAUAGCACAGCUGGAAAAAAGAAAGUACUAAAAAUAAAGCUGGAGUCUUCCAGAAAUGAAGUUAGGCUCAUUGAAGUUCUUUUCCUAUGUUCACCUUAACCCUUGGGUUUAUCAUGAAAUCUGAAUUAGUUAGGAAUACCUGAAUCUUUUUAUAUUAAUAGCCCCCCCCCCCUUGUUGGCUGUAUCUCAUUAUUUAAAAUAAAAUCUUCAUCCCCACCCUAAUCCCAGGUAACUUCUGAACUAAAAAUAAGGUCUUUGUGGGUUAGAUUAACUCAUCUAGCUUGCAGACACACUGUGAACAACACAGUUCCAUAACCCCAAAGGCCCGUCUUCUGUUCAUGGAAAACUUUCUUCUUUCCCCAUUCUUAUCUUCUCUAUUCUCUAUUGACAUACAUGCCUGAUCCAGCCCAAAGCUAGAUGUGUGAAAACCAUACUGAAGCUACUUCCCCUGGUAGAUUUUGGCAUAUAUUUUUCAGAUCAGCUUUGCCCAAUUGGUGACCACCAAGGCAAAUGUAGACCACAAGCCAAAUACAGCUCCCAACUAGGAGAGCUGGUUUUCUGCCUGCUUGGGACUCACUUGUGACACCUAGGGAGGCAGCAAUGUAUACCUAAAUUUAUUGUUGUCUUUGUGAACGAUAGGAUGUGCAUUUCUGCUCUGAACAUAAAAACAAAAAUUUCUGAACAUAGUGUUAUUUGUGGCAUCAUCUCUCUUUGGUGUGUUAUGGAGCUGUGAUGGGAUGAUCACAUAAAAUCUGAAGUAUAUUUGUCUACUGAUUUCACCAGGUAAAAUUUAAACCAAAAGAGUUUUAUGUUUUUUAAUUAUUAUUAUUAAGAGACAUAGGUUUCAUCAUCUAUAGAAGGAGAAAUGUACAAUUACAACAGGGAAUAGGAAUCUUCCAUAACGCAUUUGAGGAUAGAAACCAUGGAAAGAUCUUAAUUCAGGACAGUGAUAGAAUCAUAAGCCUUUUCACGAUUAUGCAAAAUUUGGUUUUUGUGAGCUCAUUUUGUUUUAUUUGCCUAACCAAAUAUUUUCCUGUAACUUGACAUAUCUGGUAAUCCAAUAUGGUACGACCCCCAUAUCUGCAAGACUGUAUCCGUGGUUUCUUUUAUCCACUUCCAAUAAAAUACGUAGGUCCUCUCUGGGCAUUUUCUAUGUCCUUCAGCACAACUCUCCAGUAUUUGUGGACCAGAUAUAAUUCAACAGGGUUGUUUUUUAUCUAUGGUUUCCCAUACCUACGUGAAGUCUGGGAAUGUAUCCCCCAUGGAUAUGAGGGCCGUACAGUACACAUUAAGUUUGUCCAUUAUUUUAAGCUUAUAUUUCAAAGACUAUGCACCAAACGGAAAGGCACUGAACAUUUCAUCAUUUCAUAUGGGAGAAAGGCAAAUUGGAGUGUGCAGCAAUUAUGUUGAUCUCAUCAUGUAAAACAUUUUUAAUAAGCAAUAAUUUAUAAAUGUUGUAUUACAAGGCCAUAACCAGGCUCCAGCAGUUGACAGUGUUACGGAUACAUGGGAACUGAGCGAUGGAAGUUUUAAUCCUCACUUGGGUAGCUUAAACCUGUCUAGUAAGGCCUGAGCUGGGUUGUUUCCAGAACUAUUUUGCAAGCCCAUGUUAACUGCAUUUGGGGAGGUUUGUUUGGGAAAUGUGGGGGAAGUUCUCUUUGAAGCACUGUAUAAGAAGGAUAAUUGUCUUGUAAAUUUUUACCUGUUGCAAACAGGCUGGUUUGUAAAAGAUGUAUGUUUUUGGUGUUCAGAAAAAGGUUUAUAAAAUAAUGUAUAUAAUAAUUUUGAAAUUACCAGGCUUUUGUAGAUAUUCAUGCCAAUUGGGUUGCUUUUUAAUUUUUUUCCUGUGCUCAUUUGUGUAUUCAGUGUCAGAUUAAACAUGUAAGGUUAUGGCAAAUUAAGAAAAAGGCAUAUAGAUUUGGAAAUGGUACUUCUUAAUCACUUCAGAAUGUACUGUAACUUUCCUUUGAAUCACGACUUAUCUUUUAACUACCACUCUUUCUGACAAAUGAUUUCUUAAUUACUUUCGCCCCUUGAAUGAAUGUGGUUUUUGCACAAAUGCUAUUACAGACAUGUUUUCUAAUGCCAUUUCAGGAGGUUCCACCGUUAUUCCAACUACACAACUUUAUGCAAAAGGGAGGAUCAUCUCUUCAAGUGGAUCUGGUCCCUCAUCAGCAAAUGCAUCGGUCUUUCAUAUUUACUGUCAGCAGUAUUGUCUUGUGUUAUUUUGCUAUAAAAUGAAAAACAAAGAAAAAUGUGUACAGGUUUGUAACUGCCAAAAUUUGCUAAGUUGAUCGUUAAAACCAGUUUUCAAGUAAAAACAAAACAAAACAAAA